AUGUCUGUCCAGCUCAGCCCGAGCGUUACCCUCGGCUUCCACAGACCCCUCACACAACACGUCAAGCAGUCGCUUGCGAUUACCAAUCCCAAUGCGCAACCGGUUGCGUUCAAAGUCAAAACGACUGCACCAAAGGUGUACUGCGUACGCCCAAAUUCCGGGAGAGUGGAACCCGGAGAGACCGUUGAAGUGCAAGUCAUGUUGCAGGCGAUGAAGGAGGAGCCACCCCUGAACAUCAAGUGCAAGGACAAGUUUCUGAUUCAGAGCACAACCAUCACUCAUGACAAGGAGACAAUGCCGGUGCAGGAUAUCUGGAACGAGAACUCGGAGGAGGUACACUCGCAGAAGAUCAGGGUGGCGUACUUGCCGCCAGAAGGUCAGACGGUACCGGAAGAGGAUGAGGGGCCAGCCUCCCAUGGCAUUGAAAAUGUGGGCGACAUUUUCAACUACGGCACAGUUCGGACGCAUCCUUCGAGCAACGGAGAUGCACAGCGUGAACACAGUGGAGACAGCGGCGUGCAGCCACAUGAAGAAGAGCAACACCACGAUGCAUCGUCUACUCCGCCUCAGCCUACCAUUCAUGUCCAGGAUGAGCAAUCUGCGCCGGAGGCGCCUGAAUCGGACGUUGGGAUCGUCAAUGUCAACGUCCUCACACCACAACCCCCUGCUCUAUCAUCUUCCGCACCUGCACCUGCACCGAAUAAGAAUGCAGACCUCCAGGCGCGGCUGCGCGAGGCACAGGCGGAGAUUGAGCGUCUACGUAACCUCAUUUCCUCCAUGCCCGAGCCCAGCACAGCCCCGACAACCCUCUCCACGACGUCAACGGAACUAAGACGGCGACGGCCGCUAUCCACUACUGAUGCAGGAAGCACGCUAGAUGGCGAAACGGAGGUGGGAACGUACAUCGAGGAAGCCGUCGCACCUCCCGAGGGAGUCCCACUGCAAGUGGUCAUCGUCAUCGCGCUCGGCGUGUUCAUCACAACAUAUUUAUUCUUCUGACGAGCCUUCUUCGUGUUCGGAUGUUUUCGUAUCUUUCCCUUAACAGUUGGACACAACGCCGUGUUGUGUAGCACAUCGAAUGGUGUGUCGGUUUACAUUCCGUUGUGUAUCUCAUUUGUCCUGUUGUCUUUCCGAUAUCUCGCUCCGGCUAUCAUUUCCUUGCUUCAUGGCCUGGAUCUCAUCUCUUGUCAUACCUAAAUUAAUUGCUUUGGCAUUCAUUCCCGCUGCCCUGAUAUUAUUCCCUGUAUGUCUAUAUGUAAGCAGAGGUGUGCACUCUUCAUAUUCGAUUCGACCAUCUGCAUAAUAGAUUCAGAUGGAUGUGUUUAUCGGUAUCUACGCUGUAUCAAAGCUUGACUUUGGAUCGAUUGAGUUGAGCGUGGAGUGAGAUGGCUAAUAUGCCGUGUCCGCGCGGUCGACACUCUUUCAUAACCAUGACGCUCGUCUUGCCCGGAGAACAAAUUCUUGCAGAACAGGUCAA